CGCCUUCAAAGAUUGGGACGGCGCCUCCAUUUCUGUUUUGGGGCUGAAGGCUGGGGCUUGUGGAUGGAAGCGGGUCAAAGGAAACGGUGAUUAUCACCUGGGAGGGGGAAGGGGGUGCCAUCCUCCUUCCUUCCCUCUUCCUCAGUCUGCACCCCCUGCAACCUCUCCCCCGCACACACACCUUCUCGGGGUCUCCCCCCCCACCCCGCCCUUGUUGCUAAGGCCCAGACCGUCAUCCCAGCAACAGCCUCAGUCAUGUGACCGGCAAUGGCGGCGCUGACGAGAGUCCUGGUCAGCUGAGUGUGGAGACAGAGGGAAUUCUGCUGUCACCGUCCAUGGGCUUCCCAGGUCACACAACCUACAAGUAGGGAGUGAGGACAGAGAGCGCGCCUGCAUGCCAAUUCUAAGCUCUUCAGGAUCAAAUGUCGUUCGUCCUGUCCAGAAUGGCAGCCUGUGGAGGCACCUGCAAGAACAAAGUGACUGUCUCCAAGCCUGUGUGGGACUUCCUGAGCAAGGAGACCCCCGCCCGGCUGGCCCGGCUUCGGGAGGAGCACCACGUGUCCAUUCUCAUAGACGGCGAGACUUCUGACAUCUAUGUUCUCCAGCUUUCCCCUCAGGGGCCGCCCCCCGCCCCUCCCAAUGGGCUCUACCUGGCCAGGAAGGCCCUCAAGGGGCUGCUCAAGGAGGCAGAGAAAGAGCUCAAGAAAGCUCAGAGGCAGGGGGAGCUUAUGGGCUGCCUGGCUUUGGGGGGUGGAGGGGAGCACCCUGAGCUGCACCGCCCAGGCCCACCCCCUCUCCGGGCAGCCCCACUCCUGCCCCCAGGGGCCCGGGGGCUUCCCCCGCCUCCUCCUGCCCUGCCCCCUCCCCUCCCUCCCCGCCUUCGGGAAGAGGCGGAGGAGCAGGAGAGCACCUGCCCCAUCUGUCUGGGGGAGAUCCAGAACGCCAAGACCCUGGAGAAGUGCCGGCACUCGUUCUGCGAGGGCUGCAUCACCCGGGCUCUGCAGGUGAAGAAGGCCUGUCCCAUGUGUGGCCGCUUCUAUGGGCAGCUGGUGGGCAACCAGCCCCAGAACGGGCGGAUGCUGGUCUCUAAGGACGCCACGCUCCUGCUGCCCAGCUAUGAGAAGUACGGUACCAUCGUCAUCCAGUACGUCUUCCCGCCCGGUGUCCAGGGGGCUGAACACCCAAACCCAGGAGUUCGGUAUCCUGGCACUACUCGGGUGGCCUACCUCCCGGACUGCCCCGAGGGCAACAAGGUGCUGACCCUGUUCCGCAAGGCGUUUGACCAGCGUCUCACCUUCACCAUCGGCACCUCCAUGACCACAGGGAGACCGAAUGUCAUCACUUGGAACGACAUCCACCACAAGACCAGCUGCACAGGGGGACCGCAGCUGUUUGGGUACCCGGACCCCACCUACCUGACCCGGGUGCAGGAGGAGCUGAGAGCCAAGGGCAUCACGGAUGACUGAAGGACAGCCCCUCCAGCAGGACCCAGCGGAAGCCUCUGUUCUCUCUCCCUCUGCCCCCCUCGCCACUCUAGCCGGGGACUGUCUGACGGGGAAGGAGUUUGCAGAGGGAGGGGCGAUCCCUUCCCCAGCCCCCCACCGGCCGCGCUUCAGUGCAGUGUGAGCCACUCCCUGCUGGCAGAGGCGCCGUCCCGGGCUCUGCUCCCCUCCUCCGCGUGUACAUACUCUCAGCCGCCCUGCCCCCUCCGUUGCCCUUGGCUUUUUCUGGUACGUGCUGUGCUCCAGGGACCGCUGAGAAAGGGCCUGGGUGGGAAGGGAGGGUCUUCGGAACCUCCCACCCGCACACCCCGCUGGACUGUGCAGGGGGAGGGAUCCGGCCGCAGGGAGCACCCUGGGGCCGGCUGCGUGCGUUCUUCAGAGUCAGUUCCCCCUUCGCCCUGAGCCUUGCCCUUUCUCUCCUGUCUCUCAGUCUCUGUCAGUCUUUCUCCCGCUCUUCUCUGCCCCCAAUAAGGAGCCUCCUUAUCCCCUUCUGGAAUCGCCGCCAGACUGUAGCUUUUAAUUUAAUAAAAAUAAAGUAAAAUAUGCAA